UGGAUUAAUUCAUGUCAUUUCUAUCAACUAUGCUCCCUUUAGUACAGGCAUUCAAAAGUCUCAGGUUAGGAUGUCGGUUAACAGGUUUUCCUUUGAGACUGUUAACAUAUGGUUGCCGUAAUGUUGAAUUUUACAGAAGUAGAAGAUUUUUUAAAACUCAGUGUAGGAGUUUGGCAUAUGCAAAAGAUCUGUUUAUUAGGAAACUUAAUAAGGAGGAAGUAUUCCCAUUUCCACAAAUAAGUAAUGAAGAAUUAGAGGAACUCAAACAGCUUGUUGCUCCAGUGGAGAAAUAUUUUAAUGAAGAAGUUGACUCCCAAAAGAUUGACCAGGAUGCACAAAUUCCUGUGGAAACCAUGAAAGGAUUGAAGGAGCUUGGACUCUUCGGUAUGCAGAUCCCAGAAGAGUUUGGUGGGCUUGGUCUGUCAAACACAAUGUAUGCACGCUUAGGAGAAAUUAUUGCCUUAGAUGGUGCUAUUGCUGUUACUCUGUCAGCACAUCAAGCUAUUGGACUCAAGGGUAUACUUAUUGCUGGAAAUGAAGACCAGAAAGCCAAGUAUUUACCGAAACUAGCAUCUGGAGAACAUAUUGCUGCUUUUUGCCUUACAGAACCAGGGAGUGGAAGUGAUGCUGCAUCCAUUCAGACCCGGGCAACUCUGAGUGAGGAUGGAAAACAUUAUAUUCUUAAUGGGUCAAAGAUUUGGAUAUCAAAUGGUGGUAUUGCUGAUAUAUUCACAGUGUUUGCUCGGACAGAGGUGAUUGAAGAUGGUAAAACAAAAGACAAAAUUUCUGCAUUUAUUGUUGAGAGAGCAUUUGGUGGUGUUACCAAUGGAAAGCCAGAAGAUAAAUUGGGCAUACGAGGCUCUAACACUUGCGAAGUUAAUUUUGAGAAUACCAAGGUACCAAUAGAAAAUAUAAUUGGAGAAGUAGGCGGUGGAUUUAAGGUUGCAAUGAAUAUUUUGAACAGCGGAAGAUUUAGCAUGGGUAGUACAUCUGCUGGAAUGAUAAAGAAACUAAUUGAAUUGACAGCAGAAUAUGCCUGCACCAGAAAACAGUUCAACAAGCGACUUAGUGAAUUUGGGCUGAUCCAGGAAAAAUUUGCUACAAUGACUCAGAUGGCUUACGUAAUGGAAAGCAUGGCAUACCUCACUGCAGGGAUGAUGGACCGACCUGGAGUGCCUGAUUGUUCAGUAGAAGCAGCUAUGGUUAAGGUUUUCAGCUCAGAAGGAGCAUGGAACUGUGUUAGUGAAGCCUUGCAGAUCCUAGGAGGGCUAGGAUACAUGAAGGAUUACCCUUAUGAAAGAUACCUGCGAGACUGCAGAAUUCUAAUGAUUUUUGAAGGAACCAAUGAAAUUCUUCGGAUGUAUAUUGCCUUGACAGGCAUGCAGCAUGCUGGCAAACACCUGACAUCACGAAUUAAGGAGCUGAAGAAGGGUAAUGUCGGAGUGGCUUUUGAGCUGGUUGGAAAGAGACUUCGAGAUGCUAUGGGUCGGAAGGUAGAUUUUGGCUUGACUGGACUAGAUGGAGUAGCACAUCCCAGCUUGGAGGAAAGUGCAAAGUAUCUUGAAGAAAAUGUGUAUUAUUUUGGAUCAACAGUGGAAAAUUUGCUGUACAGGUUUGGCAAGACCGUCAUAGAUGAGCAGCUGGCAUUGAAACGAGUAUCAAAUGUCCUUAUAAAUAUUUAUGCUAUGACAGCUGUGAUUUCCAGAGCUAGCCGCUCUAUCUCCAUUGGUCUUCCCAAUCACGAUCACGAGGUACUUCUUGCCAACACUUUCUGCAAGGGGGCAUAUUUUCACAAUAAUUAUCAGAUGAUCCAGCUUGAAAAAAAUUCUCCUGAAAACAUAGAUGAAAACAUAAAGAAAAUUGCUGCACAAGUACUGGAGAAGAGGGCCUAUGUAUGUGCUCAUCCUCUUGAGAGAACAUUUUGAAAAUCAUACUGUUGAGUUUUGAUAAAUGUUAUGGAUGCAAAUGAUUACUGUGGACAAGAAAUGCCAAUUUAGAUUAACAUAAAAGUGGAGCUGGUGCUUUCAUCCAAGUGUAAAUAUGAAUUAAAUAUUAUUUUAAGUUCAGGUAAAGACAUUAUAAUGCUUCAUAUAAGAAGGGUGUAUGACAUCUGUGAAAAUUACUUUUGUGAUAUUUCUAACAUUUACUUAACUAGUCACCAUUUUACUUUAACUGAAUGUACUUUAACAUAUUUGACCCUCAUUAAAUUAAUUUUUAUAUUACUUACUCAACAGGAAAAUAUAUUUCUACUUCCUGAAGUAACCUGCAUAAUUGUAUAUGCUCAAAACUGACACAGUAGUAAUCAUAGAUAUAUAAAGCUGGACCUUUGCAUGUUAUCUAUUCUGUUAUUGCAAAGUUUUUCUUCAUCUUAUUUUCAGAUAGUGUUGUAGAAAUAUUUAAAUUCAAGUGUGUCUAAUAUGUUUCCAUUUGAUUUGAGAACCAGCAAGCUCUGCCUUAACCUAAAUUGUCAUUGUCAGUCUAGACAUGCAAAGUGUACUAAUUAUAUACUGUAAAUGAUUGUAGCAGUAAAUGAUUUAAGCCCUUGAGUCUCUACUGUAUGGAUUAUAUUGUUUGCUGUACUACAGUUAUAGCCUACACCAGGUCUACAGUAAUCCACAUCCAGUCAUGUGCUAAGAUGCCUUUGUAGAGCCUUUAAGGCUUACAGUACUGUACACUAUAAUUUGGUUGAAUAAAUUGAAAAAAUAAAAAUUGAA